GUCCAGUGGCUGGGGCAGGUGUUGAUUUCAUUACCUGAGGGGCCGGGGCCAAGACAGGCCCAGAGAUGAGGGUGAGUCAGUGGUGGAACCUGCAGUGCAGGUCGGACGUCCUAUAAAAAGCAGGAGGACACAGCUCUCCUGGGCAUAGACACCUUGGGAUCCUGCACCAACCAGCCCGGCCGCUCAGUGAGGUUCCAGCCCGGCACCUGCUGCUCCUUUCUCCCUCCUUCCUCCCUGGGUCUCCCACCCUCGCUGAGCAUGGCCCAGCCACUGGCGCUGGCGUUGCUCCUGGUGGCGGCGGCUGGCUGGACAGCAGCCCAGAACUGCACCUGCCCCACCAACAAGUGGACCAUCUGCAGCCUGGUGGGAGCCGGGGGCAGCUGUCAGUGCAAGGUCUUGGGCUCCAGCCACGUGGUGAACUGCACCACCCUGACCUCCAAGUGCUUGCUCAUGAAGGCGCGCAUGAGCCCGCACAAACCCCGCAAGCUGAUCAAGCCCAGCGAGCACGCGGUCGUGGACAACGACGGUCUGUACAACCCGGACUGUGACAGCUGGGGCCGCUUCAAGGCCCGCCAGUGCAACCAGAGCGACGUGUGCUGGUGCGUUAACUCGGUGGGCGUGCGGCGGACCGAUAAGGGGGACCAGACGCUGAAGUGCGACGAGCUGGUGCGCACCAGCUACAUCCUCAUUAACCUACGGCACCAGGAGCGCCCCCGAGCCUUAAACCACUCGGACCUCAGUCAGGCGGUGCGGCGCUUCUUCCACGAGCGCUACCAGCUGAGCCCCAAGUACAUCACGGCCGUGGAGUACGAGAGCCCCACCAUCCAGAUCGAGUUGCAGCAGAACGCCUCCCAGAAGGCCCACGGCGACGUGGACAUCGCCGAUGUGGCCUAUUACUUCGAGAGGGAUGUCAAGGGGGAGUCUGUGUUUCACAGUCCGCACCUUAACCUCGAGGUCAGAGGGGAGCCCCUGCGAGUGGAGGACACGAUGAUUUACUACGUGGACGACAAGCCCCCCCAGUUCUCCAUGAAGAGGAUGACCGCCGGGCUGAUCGCGGUCAUCGUGGUCCUGGCUCUGGCCAUCUUGGCUGGCAUCGUGGUCCUGGUCAUUAGCAAGAAGAAGAAGUCAGGAAAAUACGAGAAAGUAGAAAUCAAGGAAAUGGGCGAGAUGAACAAACAGCCCAACUUGUAAGGACCAGACUUGUUUGCGAGGAUGCUGGGGAGGGGGAGGGGAGGGGAGAGGGAUUCUUUGCAGCCAAAGAGCCUCCUCCCUCAGGAAUAGAAGUUGGGUGCGCGGGAUCCUCGGCUUUCCAGUUUCUUGGAUGGACUGAGACUUUCCCUGCUGUCACCCCCCCCC